GAUUGCCCAAUCAAAACCAAAACCAAGAAUCGGUCCGGUACCCAUGCUCUGGAUUGGUCCAUGGCCUGACACGGCCCGCGCCGCGCCUUCCGCACACUCGACUCCUCGAUCUCUCCGACCCGUUCUCUGUGAGCUGUGAAGGUUGCACACCAGCUCAAUCAAAAGCUUGACAGACUUUCGUCCUACGUCACCAAGACACCAGCUUUAAAGUGAUGUGAUCUUCCUCAAUCUUUUUUUAAGUUUUGUUCUUUUCAUCAUAAGAAGUGAUGCUGCGAAUUUUGUUUUUCACCUCGCUCUGUGGUCUUUGUCAGGCUCUUCCACAUUUAAAAGAGAAUGGAGAGGGACAUCGGAAAGCUGAUGAUAUGUUGCUGUCACUUGCAGCGGACGAUCCCGUUUUCAAAACACAGCCAGAGCAGAUUCACAUUUCUGCUACAGGUGAUGUAACUGAAAUGACUGUAACCUGGAGCACUUUCAACCAAACCAAACAGUCAGUAGUUCUCUUUGGUCUGUCGUUGGGCAAUUUAAGUUCUGUUGCCAAGGGAUCUUCUACUAAGUUUGUUGAUGAAGGACCUGAGAGGCAUACCCAAUACAUCCAUAGAGUCAAACUAACAGGUUUGAAGCCAGGAACGCUCUACACUUAUCGAUGUGGAAGUGAUGAAGGCUGGAGUUCACUCUUCACAUUCAAAACCUUACAAGCUGGCGCUGCUUGGUCUCCAACGUUUGCUGUCUAUGGAGAUAUGGGCAAUGAUAAUGCUCAGUCAUUGGCCAGACUUCAAAUAGGAGCCCAAAAUAGAGAAUAUGAUGCCAUUCUUCAUGUUGGUGACUUUGCUUAUGACUUUUCCUUUAACAACGGAGAGAUAGGAGAUGAAUUCAUGCGUCAAAUUGAAUCAGUUGCCGGAUACGUACCUUACAUGACCUGCCCAGGGAAUCAUGAAUUCCACUAUAAUUUCUCCCACUAUAAAAAUCGCUUCACAAUGCCAAAGUAUGAAGACACUCAGAACUUGUGGUACAGUUGGAAUGUUGGACCUGCUCACAUUAUUUCCUUUUCAACUGAAGUGUACUUCUAUGUCUACUAUGGCCUACAUCUUAUUGUAAAUCAGUAUAAUUGGCUCAAGGCUGAUCUACUUGAAGCAAACAAGCCAGAGAAUCGCAAGGAGCGUCCAUGGAUCAUUACAAUGGGUCAUCGUCCAGCUUAUUGUACCAAUAAUGAUGCUGAUGAUUGCACCAAGAAUGAAGGCAUUAUUCGCAGUGCUGUAGAGGAAUUGUUCUAUAACAACGGUGUUGAUGUUGAAUUCUGGGCCCAUGAACACAGCUAUGAACGUCUAUGGCCAGUCUACAAUCGCAAGGUUUAUAAUGGGAGUUUAUCUGAGCCCUAUACUAAUCCCAAGGCUCCUGUUCAUAUCAUCACUGGGUCUGCUGGCUGUGUUGAAAGACGAGACCCCUUUUCAAAUACCGAGCCUUGGGAUGCAUUUCGAUCCAAUGAUUAUGGCUACACCAAGAUGCACAUCAUUAAUACAACACAUAUUGACUUUGAACAAAUCUCAGAUGAUAAGGGUGGAGCAGUGAUUGACAGUUUCACUCUUAUCAAAGACAAGCAUGGUCCAGAAGCAUGGCUGUAAUCACUUGAGCAGAGGUGGAAGAAAUAUUGUCUGUAUAAAUCAUUAUGAACACACACCUACAUAGGCACACCUUCACUGGAAACAAAUGACAUCUAUUUCCUAUUGUUAGAAGCAAUUUGUAACUCUACUUGCUUACUUUUCCUGUUUGAAAUGCAAUAAUGGGACUUUGAAUAUAUUUCUGAAUUUUAUCCUUUUCAAAAGUGGAUUUACACAUCUGAAAUAAGUUUAAUAUAAGAUUUGUUAUUAACCUAAAUUAUGGAAUUGAACUCUGUCGUGAAUGGGUGGAGAUGGGCUUGAAUGUCAUAAAAAUUUGGAUUUUUUUUUACAUCUUUGGCACAUUUUUUUUGCGUGUGUGUGUCUACCAUAUACUAAGAUAUUAAUUUAGUGUUUGUGAGUGGGUGGGUGGAAGGAGCUCCUAACUUUAUAAAAUGAAUGGGAAGAAAAUCUAUGAAGUGUGAUUAUUUUCAUCAAGAUUUUUGUAUAAGUGAUAUGAUAAUGUUUAUGGAUUAUGAUGAAUAAUUUCAUUGUUUUUAACUAAAUUACCAUAACAAAAGUAUGGAAAGUGAAUAGUGAAUGUGCAAUCCUGUAGUAACAAUUGAUGAUAAAAAUUAUUCAAUGUUGGACAAUUCGUAAUGUGUACACACCCUGAAAUAUAUUUGUUUUGAGUAUUUACUUAUGAUGUAAAAUAGUGUGCUCACUGAAUUUCAGCUGAAUUUUUAUGAAAGUUCCUUUAAUUUUAGAUUAUGAAAUCCAAUCUGAAUAUGUUGAAAGCACUGUUAUUAGACACAGUUGCAUACCAUUUUUAAGUGCCUUGGACACAACUAGUCUCUAUUAGACUGUGUUAUCAUUGCUGCAAUAAACGUUCUUUCACUUGAAAAAUAGCAUAUUCAUUUUUAGCAGAUAAUCAUCUUAACACGGCUCCAAAUAUUGUUGCCAGGCAAUAACUAACAAUGUUGAAAUAUUUCAGCCUUAUUUCGGCCUCACUUUGGUUCUUUCGUCAUGCAUUUUUAGCCCCAUUUGUAGCAUGCACAUGUAGUGUGAUAUAUUUUGCACAGUGUAAGACGAACUCCACUUGUGGGGCCCGUUUCAUAAAACUUGUUAUAAUAACAAAGAUGCAAUAACAGUUUGAAAUAAUUCAAUUUGAUUGGCUUAUUAUAGCAAUCUUGUUGUAGAUAGUGUGCAUACGUUAUUGUAUCAAGUCUGUUUGAAAGGGAUAACCUGACAUUUAUGGCAUCAUACACAGUUUUUUGGUCAGCCAUGACUGGGCCCCUGGGGGGCAUUCAAAAUAUUUUUUGAUGGGGAUGUGCCCCUCUGAAAUGGGGGUCUAAGAAAUUGAUUAUAUAAGGGUAAAGUACAGGGUCUUGGGAACUAAAUAUAUACCGCGCGGUGUGAAAAACAGGGUUUACGGAACAGGAUCGUGGCACUGUAGGUACGGUUCACCAUAGCGCUGUGAAUGCGCUAGUCAUGCAUGGAGCGGCUACUUGUUAUAUGUAGGAAGUUGCGAAGCCGUACCAUCUCUCGCAUGUGAUGCUCGCGCUUGACAAUUUUGGCAGAGCUGGGGAACUGAGAUGUCAUGUAACGCGGGUGGCUUCUGAACUGAACUUUCGUCAAUCAGAGUAUCUAGAGAAUUGAAUAUUAAGUCUGAUAAAGGGGGUCAACAAAGUGGCACGUCCCCGUACCACCAAUAUAUGUGAGUGCCCCCCCCCCCCCUUCCAGGACUUGGCAAUUAAUAAUUUACCAAAGUGCAUUGAUUUUAAUCGGAAAUUAUACAUUAUUUAAUGCUAUUGUUCUUGUAUUCUGAAUCAUAUACAUAUAUUUUUCAACCAUUGGUUACCCCAAUAGGUUUUGAUGAAUCUCAGUAUGAGCAAUGUUUGGAUUCUUUUCCAGAUGAGGGGAUGGGAUGAAUUACUUAUGUAGUACUAUGUUGUGUGAAAGAUUGGAUCUAAAAUCUGAUAUGGCUUGAUGAAAUUUAUAAUAAAUAUGCCAGAAAAAAAAAAAUUGGUGCCCCUAAUGUAUGGGGUGUUGAUAUCACUUCUGAUAUUCGACAAAAAAUUCAGGAAACAUUUUACAUUUGUAGCUUUCUGAGAAACAAUAACUACUCUGUAUUAGUGUUACCCAGAGAGGGUACUUGCUAUAUAUAUAUAUAUAUAUAUGCCUACAUCCUACGAAAGGGCGAAGUCAAUGAAUGGGUUUAUUCCGUCAUAAUACACAUAUAGACGUAAAGACGAAGGUAGAGGGCGUUAAGGUGCAUUACAAACAACGAAAUAAGACAAAAACAUUCGCCUUGAACACAGAUGUAGAGAAAUAUAGUGCGUAUAAAAAAAAGCUUACACUUAGAAAAAAUCCUGUAAAUUAUACAUUUGUAAUAUCCUGAAGAUUUUUCCACAUUUUAACAUUGGUACAGAUCCAUUUAAGCAAAUGACGAUAUAAUCAUCGAAAAAUAUUUCCGCUUGAGUGAGCACCACUUACUUUUGAAAUGUUUGUGAAAAAUGAUUUGCGCAGAACUUUGAAAUAGUUAUGCGAAUAAAAGUAGACCUUAAUCAUAAAGAACACGUGGAAUCUAGCUAGUACAAUUGAUUUGAAGAUAUCUUUUACCUUUUAAAAUUUGUUUUCUUGCCCAAAACACUAAGAAGAGUGCGUCACCCCCAUCCCACUCCCCCCACACACCAAGGCUAUCGUGACAAUAUUUGCUUUACACUGAGCUGUGAUUUACACGAAAUGGCUUAGGCUUGAUUUUCAUUUUGUUAAUCAUUGUCAAGCUUGAGAAAAGUGUGGAGAAACAAGUAUUAAAUGAAAAAUGAAAUGUAAACCCACUUUAAAUGAUAAAAACUUAGUGAAAAAAUGGAAAUGUCUGAAAUAAACUAUUGUUCAGAUUACUCGCACAUUAAAAAAUGGCACAUUUACAUACAAUUAAAUAGAAAGAAAAUGAAAGAAAAAAUUAUUGUGUACUAAUAUUCAUGAAUAUUUUGUAUGUUUAAUAGAUGAUUUAUUAAUAAAAUACAUGUAUAUAUAGAACAUUUUA